CUGACUUUGGAGUUUCAGCACAAAUUACAGCCACAAUGUGCAAACGCAAGUCUUUCAUUGGAACACCAUAUUGGAUGGCUCCAGAGGUUGCAGCUGUGGAAAGAAAAGGAGGCUAUAAUCAACAGUGUGAUAUUUGGGCAGUUGGAAUCACAGCUAUAGAGUUUGCAGAGCUGCAGCCGCCCAUGUUUGAUCUGCAUCCAAUGAGAGCAUUGUUCCUGAUGUCCAAAAGUGGUUUUAAGCCUCCAACUUUAAAAGAUAAAAACAAAUGGUCUAUUGUAUUUCAGCAUUUUCUAAAAAUGGCCUUAACCAAAAAUCCUAGGAAAAGGCCAACAGCAGAGAGAAUGCUGGAGCAUCCUUUCUUUCAAGGAGACUUAACGAGAAGAUUGACCAAGGAAUUGUUGGAAAAGUCCAAAAACCCCACACAGACUUUCGACCUCAAUGAAGACGAGGACGGUCUUCUGCAAGAUGUGCCAAGGAGAAUACCAUCCAACAAGCAAUCACGCCAGAAUGCAGCUACUGACAGCAUCGAACUUAAAGUAGCUGAUAAGAAAUUGGCAGAAGAGGAUAAUACUGAUAAUGCAGCCAAGAAACCUUGGUUAGAAGACAGUCUGAUGCAUAAGAGUUUGCUUGAGUGUGUAGAGGAGGAACUGUCGCAAAGAGGCCACCGGAGUAGUUUAUUAUUAGAGGACGCCCUUCCAUCAGUACAUGACAAACCUACAUUGCAGCUCAGCAGCUCACCUUCUGCUAAGGCCUCAGCAGAACUUGCCAGUGCCAAGGGAGGCCGUGAAAGAUUAGACAGCAAUAAGUCCGAUGUCAGUGCUGACGACGACGACCUUAUAGAAGACAACGGUCUCGAUUUGGAUGCUUUAAUUGACAGAGGGCUGACACUGACACCGUACCAAGCUGCAUGUCCAUCCUCCUUACCUAGUCUGGUUGUCUCAAGUGAAGCUAAACUUGAGAUGUUAGACAGUGCAGAUGAGAAUGACAGUCCACCUUCUCUGCCUCCACCACGGCUUCAGUCCCCCCACCUUAAUGGAGAUGCCCUACACACACAAAACGGGGAAUCUCCUGCCAAAGUUGAGGACCAACCACCUGCAAUACCUCCUCGAAGGAGAACAAAGAAAGAUGAAUUUCAGGCUAGUCAACGUCCAGUCAGUAAUGGUCUUCCACCAACACCCAGAGUUCAUAUGGGAGCUUGUUUUUCAAAAGUAUUCAAUGGUUGCCCACUUAAUAUAAACUGCACUGCCAGUUGGGUACAUCCUGAAUCACGUGAUCAGUACAUUUUCUUAGGUGCCAAUGAAGGUUUAUACAGUUUAAAUUUGAAUGAAAUUCAUGAAGCGUCAAUGGAAUUGGUACAUGCAAGAAGAUGUAUCUGGUUGUAUGCACAUAAAGAUAUCCUGAUGUCAUUAUCAGGAAAAACACCCUGUCUGUACAGACAUGACCUCUUGAUGUUACACGCAAGGCAGACAAGCCGGUUUUCUUUACCCAUGAACAAAAUUCCAGAAAAACUAGUCCCAAGACGUCUGCAACAGACAGCGAAAGUUCCCGAUACCAGGGGCUGCAUGAGAUGCUGUGUUGGUCGGAAUCCAUACAAUGGCUACCGUUACUUGUGUGGUGCCUUACCUAAUGGAGUCAUACUCAUGCAGUGGUAUGAACCACUGAAUAAAUUCAUGCUGCUCAAGACAUUUGAAACAGAUCAGAUGCCACCACAGCUGCAGGUGUUUGAGAUGUUUGUGACUCCUGAACUCGAAUACCCUAUGCUGUGUUACGGAGUUUUCAAAGGACAUGAUGAGAACCACGUUAAAUUUGAACUGAUCAACUUGAAUGGUCAGACAAGCUGGUUUGCUGAUGUUGACUCCAAUUCAGUACAUGAGCAGCUCUCAGUUGUGAGUGUCACACAGGUUGAAAAGGAUACAGUAUUGAUAUGCCAUGAUAAAUAUGUCAAAGUUCUGAGUCUGAGUGGAAAGCUCAAGUCUAGUAGAAGACACCAGUCUCAGCUUCAUUUUGACUGUCUUGUGGAGUCUCUAGUGACAUUACAAGACAGUGUGCUGGCCUUCCACAAACAUGGAAUGCAAGGUCGCAGUUUCAAAGCAAACGAGGUUACUCAGGAAAUUUGUGAUAAAUCAAGAAUAUUUAGACUUCUUGGCUCAGACAGGGUCAUUUGUCUGGAAAGUCGACCAACCGAUGACCCUUCAGCCAGCUCUAACCUGUAUGUGCUGGCCGGACAUGAGAACACCUACUGA